UUCCACCUCGGAUGAGCAGCCCUGCUGCGAUGGGACUGGCAGAAGAGGGAGAUGCUUAAGCUUAUCAGAUUGAUCGAUUAGCUGCCGAUGCUGCCCGAGCCCAACUUUUUCACACAUGUUCACGCUUCAGAACUGAGAACUAAUCACCUUGCAUACAAAGAUCUUCACUACCAAAGUCUGAAGAGAGCAACUUGAAGCAGUUCGCCAGUCCUGAAUCUUUAGAGCAACCGAAUACAAACAGCCAUGACGAUGGCAGCCCCCGCAACGCUCUUCACCAACGGAAAGGUCUUCCUGUCUGGCGUCAAGCCCGGAAUCAACGCGGGGCUGCACCGGCCGCCCACCUUCGCCUCGUGCAUGCUCAUCCGCGGUUCCCAAAUCGAGCAUGUCGGUUCUGCCUCGGACGCACCCAUCGCCGCAGCCCUCGCCUCCCACAAUGUAACCGUACACGACCUGCAGGGCAAAAAAACCAUCCUCCCCGGCUUCGUUGACGGACACAUGCACCUGAUGCUGCUGGGCCAGGCGCUCAACAAGCUCGACCUGGGCAAGUGCAAGUCCCUCGCCGACAUUCGCGCCACCAUCCGGUCCUACGCCGCCGCCCACCCGGACGUCCCGCGCAUCCUCUGCCGCGGAUGGAUGCACAGCAUGACGCCCGACGGCGCGCGGGCGUCCGAUCUCGACGACCUCGACGACGACCACGGGACGGGCCAGAAGAACCGGCCCAUCCUGGUCGACUCCAAGGACCUGCACUCGACGUGGUGCAACAGCGCCGGCAUCGCCGAGCUCGGCGCCACCGAGUGGCAGGACGUUCCGGGCGGCAUCAUCGAGAGGGACGCUGAAGGAAGGCUGACGGGCGUGUUUAGCGAGGCGGCCAACAUCACGUACGUGUGGCCGUACCUGGCGCGCGUGGCGACCAUGGACGAGCGCAUGGCGGCUAUCCGGGCGGCGGUCGCGGCGUACCAUGAGGCCGGGUACACGGGCAUGAUUGACAUGGCCAUGGACGAGGGGGCGUGGGAGGCGCUGCAGGCGUUGAGGGAAAGGGAGGAGGGGAAGGGCGGGAUCCCGAUGCGGAUUGCGGCAUAUUGGUUGGUGAAGCCUUGUGGGAGGGAGGAGGACAGGUUGAAGCAGGUCGACAGGGCCAUCGAGUUGGCAAGCCGGUUCAACGCCUCCACGACGCCGGACUGCAGGAUCGUGGGGAUCAAGGUGAUUUGUGAUGGGAUUGUAGACGCCUGUACGGCGGGCUUGUCGGAGCCGUAUGCGCACAACGGGCAUUUCGAGGUGCCGCUCUGGACGGCCGAGCAACUGGAGCCGGUUGUCAAGCGGGCGGAUGAGGCCGCGUUGCAGGUUGCGCUGCACGCUAUCGGGGACGCGACGGUGAAGAUGGUGGUCGACGUACUGACAAAAUUUGCGAACCGCGAGCGGAGGCCACGCGUAGAGCAUCUGGAGCUGGCGACUGAGGAGGAAGCAGCCCGGCUCGGGCAGGGGCGGAUCACGGCCUCAAUCCAGCCAGUUCAUGCUGAUCCGGCCAUUCUCAAGGCGUGGCCACGGCUGCUGGGCGAGCACAGGUGCGGGAGAGCAUUCGCCUAUCGCGAGUUUGCCGAUUUGGGAGCACCGCUUGCGCUCGGCAGCGAUGCGCCAACCGCACCCCAUACACCGUUGGGGAACAUUUAUGUGGGCACGACGCGGAGGUCAUACCGUGAGCCGGAGAUGGAGACAGCAGUAAACCCGCACUUUGCCCUUGGGCUUUGCGAGGCAGUGGCUGCGGCCACUGAAGGUGCCGCGUACAGCUGUUUUGAUGACCACAGGGUAGGCGUGCUCGAGAAGGGGCACAAGGCCGACUUUGUGAUCGUCGACAUGGAGUGGGAGAAGGAGAAGCUGAUGGAUGCGAGGGUGGCCGAGACGUGGUUCGAUGGUGGCAGAGUAUGGCCCGCGUAGGAUCGACGGGUAUAAGCAUCGGAGCAAGCUGGUGCGGCAGUUGAACUGAAACCUGCAGUGCAUUGCCAUUUGUACACAUGCUCACUCAUAGGGGUAGUAUUGCCUUGGCCAGAUGUUCAUGGCCGUCUUCCGCCCAGACUCCAGGGGCAAACCGGCGUGGUUGGUUCGAGCGUCGCCGGACCCGUUUGCUUGCAGGUUCACCCAGAAGAUCGCGUUUCCAGCCACAGGCCUGAAUGCAAGCCCACCAUCCUCGUGCUCUCUCCACAGUGGCUUUGCCGCUUCUUCGCCUUGUUUUUGGGCUACUUCACCCUGCCACAUGGCUUCGCCCCGAGGGCUAGGGAACGUGAUCGGUUUAGCAUACGGAAAGUGAGUCUCUCCGCCUGUGCAGUUGUCUUGCAAAAUGGCAAAGAAGCUCGCCACGCGGUUCCACCUGCGCAUGCUGCCGUCUGGGGCCCAUUGAGGAAUCUCGAACCAGUCU